AAACCCUUCGUUCUUCAGUAGGGUUGCAACAGUCAGUCAGACAGACGCCACCACUACAUCUUUCUCUCUCUACAACUGAACUAUCAACCAUUCGUGUGUGUGUUUUCUACACCUACUUUCUCUCUCUAGAACCCUUUAAUUUACAACACAAACAAUGGGCGCUUCUCUGCCUCCGAAAGAGGCCAAUCUGUUCAAGUUAAUCGUCAAAUCUUACGAAACCAAACAGUACAAGAAGGGGUUGAAGGCUGCCGAUGCUAUAUUGAAGAAGUUUCCAAAUCAUGGAGAAACUCUUUCAAUGAAAGGAUUAACACUGAACUGUAUGGAUCGUAAGCCAGAAGCAUACGAGCUAGUACGGUUGGGAUUAAAGAAUGAUUUGAAAAGCCAUGUUUGUUGGCACGUGUAUGGUCUUCUCUAUCGUUCAGAUAGAGAGUAUAGGGAGGCAAUAAAAUGUUACCGGAAUGCUCUGCGGAUAGAUCCAGAUAACAUUGAAAUACUGAGAGACCUAUCGUUAUUGCAGGCACAAAUGCGAGACUUGGCUGGUUUUGUUGAAACCAGACAACAGUUGCUGACAUUGAAACCAAGUCAUCGAAUGAAUUGGAUCGGUUUUGCAGUUUCUCAGCAUCUGAACUCAAAUGCAUCCAAAGCCAUUGACAUUCUAGAAGCAUAUGAAGGGACUCUUGAAGAAGAUUAUCCUCCAGAUAACGAACGCUGUGAACAUGGUGAAAUGCUGUUAUACAAGAUAUCUUUAUUAGAGGAAUGUGGAUUGCUUGAAAAAGCUCUUCUUGAGUUACACAAGAAAGAAUUGAAGAUAGUUGAUAAAUUAUCCUACAAGGAAGUGGAGGCUUCUCUUCUUGUGAAGCUUAAUCGCCUUCAAGAAGGUGAAAAAUUGCACAGAGUUCUGUUAUCAAUGAAUCCCGACAAUUACAGAUACUAUGAAGGAUUGCAAAAAUGUGUUGGACUAUAUUCGAAAAAUGGUCAAUAUUCCUCUGAUGAAGUUGACCAAUUGGACUCGUUAUACAAGUCACUUGGGCAGCAAUACACCUGGUCUUCUGCUGUUAAGAGAAUCCCAUUAGAUUUUCUAGAGGAUGUAAAAUUUCGAGAUGCAGCUGAUAACUAUAUUAAGCCGCUCCUAACAAAGGGAGUCCCUUCACUUUUCUCGGAUCUUUCUCCUUUAUAUGAUCAUCCUGGCAAGGUUUGUGCAAGCUACCAUCUAGAAACAUCUAGAUCAUUUCACUUCAUGAUUCCUUAUAUUACUAUGAUAAAUCUCUCUCCUUUUUUACAGGCUGAUAUUCUUGAAAAGUUGCUCCUUGAUUUGGAGGAAUCAGUUAAAACCGCUGGUGGAUACCCCGGAAGAUCGGAAAAAGAGCCCCCUUCAACGCUGAUGUGGAUCUUGUUUUAUCUGGCUCAACAUUAUGACAGACGUGGGCUGUAUGAUGUUGCUCUUGCUAAAAUCAAUGAGGCUUUGCAACACACUCCGACUGUCAUUGAUCUAUACUCCGUUAAGAGCAAAAUAUUAAAACAUGGCGGGGACUUCACUGCUGCUGCUGAGCUGGCAGAUGAAGCUAGAUGCAUGGAUCUUGCAGAUCGAUACGUCAACAGCCAAUGUGUCAAAAGAAUGUUGCAAGCUGACCAGGUUCUACUUGCAGAAAAGACAGCUGUAUUAUUCACAAAAGAUGGAGAACAACACAAUAAUCUUCAUGACAUGCAAUGCAUGUGGUACGAACUUGCGUGUGGAGAAAGUUACUUCCGGCAGGGUGAUCUUGGGCGUGCUUUAAAAAAGUUCUUAGCUGUGGAGAAACAUUAUGCUGACAUCACAGAAGACCAGUUUGACUUCCAUUCUUAUUGUUUAAGAAAAAUGACCCUGCGUUCCUAUAUCGAAAUGCUAAGGUUUCAAGAUCGGCUUCAUGCACAUGAUUACUUUAGGAAAGCAGCAAUUGGAGCUAUAAAAUGCUACAUCAAGCUGUAUGAUACCCCUUCAAAGUCAUCAACGGAAGAAGAAGAUGAACUUGCAAAAUUACCUGCUUCUCAAAAGAAGAAAUUGAGGCAAAAACAGAGGAAGGCUGAAGCACGAGCUAAAAAGGAGGCAGAAGUGAAGAGUGAGGAAGCAAACGUUGGUGGCGUUUCUAAAUCUGGUAAACGACAGGUCAAACCAGUUGACCCGGAUCCACAUGGAGAGAAGCUAUUGCAGACUGAAGAUCCUUUAAUGGAAGCUGGAAAGUAUCUGAAGUUGCUGCAAAAACAUUCAUCCGAUUUCUUGGAGACACAUUUGCUUUCUUUUGAAGUAAAUCUGAGAAAGAAAAAGAUUUUACUUGCAUUGCAGGCUCUGAAGCAUCUACAACGAAUGGAUCCUGGAAACCCAGAUGCUCAUCGAUGUUUGUUGAGAUUUUUCCAUGAAGUUGCAUCAAUGCCAGCCCCUGCCACUGAUGGUGAAAAACUUAUUUCGGGCGUCUUGGAAGCAGAGCGACUAACUUUCAGUCAGUUGCAUGGUAAAUCUCUGACGGAAGCAAAUACUGUUUUCCUCGAGCAACAUAAAGAUUCCUUAUUGCACAGAGCAGCAGUAGCCGAGAUGAUUUAUUGUCUAGAACGGAACAAGGGUGAUGCGAUUAAAUUGAUAGAAGAAUCACCCAAUAAUCUUGUGUCGAGUAAUGGAUCGGUUAGAGAAUGGAAGCUAAAAGACUGUGUUGCAGUUCACAAAAUGUUGGGGACGGUUUUCAAUGAUAAUGAUGCUGCAACAAGGUGGAAACUCCGAUGUGCAGAAUAUUUUCCAUACUCAACCUACUUUGAAGGCCGAAACUGCUCUACUCAUGCUUUAAACAAAGAUUCCAAACAAACGGAGUCUGAAAACGGUUCAGUUGAAUUUCUUCCAUCAAGUGCAUUGAAAAAUCUAGCAAUCUAGAUAAACACAAGAAUGCAAAUUUUUUCUUGGGUAUAACUUCAAAUUGACAAACUUCCAUGCACUAAUUUUGCGGGUUUGGUACAAUGAUUAAAUAACACGACAGCCGACCUAGGUAAAACAAAAAAAAAGACACCAUAAACCUUUGUACCAUUAGUCGUAGAGUUUUUACGUUUCUAAAACGGUGUAUACUUGUUUACGUGUAUGGUUUUUGAGGUUUUUUUUUCCUUUUCGAUAGAGGAAGAGUCGAGAAGAUCCCAAAAGUAUGUUGUACUUUUUAUUUUUCAAACUUGUACAAAUGCUAUGAAAAUUUUGGCAUUGAGGGUUUUUACUGCUAUAAACAAGUUGAUCAACAUUAAUGUG